CAUCACAUCCUCAUCUUGUUUAGGCUGCAAAGAAGCUCUACAAUCAAACGUUAUCCUGUCACCAACAUUGCUGUUUCUAUUGCGAUACGUUUCCAAUAUUUUGUUCUCGGUAAAAGAAGACCAAUACUUCAUAGUUUGUUGUCAUUGUAGAGUUGUGUGUGAGGAAAGAUGGCUUUUUUUCCUUUUAUCGCUAUGUCAACUGAAUUUGACCGGGCGCCGAGCUUGCUGAGUGCUGAUCUCGAGCCAACUAUUCUUUCUGACGAUGUAUUUGUCCCACGAUUGGCUGCUAUGCCCUUACGAUCGGGAUAUCUGCGUUCAUGGCGUCAUCAGCCGGCUCGUCGAAGCGGAAGAUCGCACAUUAGAAACAAGAAAGAAGGAUUUGAGGUAAAUCUUGAUGUCCAGCAAUUCAAGCCUGAUGAAGUAUCAGUAAAAAUGCAAGAUGAUUUUAUUGUAGUAGAGGGAAAACAUGAGGAACGUGAAGAUGAACAUGGCUACAUAUCCAGACAUUUCGUCCGUCGUUACAAGUUGCCUAAUAAUAUUGAUAUAGAUGCUGUAACAUCAAAGUUAUCAUCAGAUGGCGUUCUGACAAUUGCAGCUCCCAAAAAGGUACCAUCAAAAGAUCCCAAAGAACGUGUAGUCCCUAUUGUCCAGACAAAUAAACCAGCUGUCACUGAUGCUGCAGAGGAGAACUCAGAUAAUAAACAGGAGAAAGCAGAGACAAAAUAAAUGUCACAAAAAUAUUACUCAUGUGAAAGAUUUAAUUAUACAUAGUACAAAAUCAGUUCCAUUUUGUGAAAAGAAGCUGUAAUGUAUGUUCCUUUAAUUACUUUUUAUGUAUUUCAUCCACUGCAGUUGUAAGACUGGAUUUAACAUUUUUUUAAAUUAUAUAUUU